GUGGCAGAAAUGCUUGACCUGAUGGGGAAUAGCCUGAGAAUGAGAUAGCGUCUCCUUCUCCUGGACUGCCUCCGUGUUCUCACUUUCUUCCUAUAUAGAAGAGAUGAAGUGAUCUAUCAUGCGCUUCGACUUCCAUCUGGACACCAACACACUCUGACCCUCUCUCUGCUAUACAACCACGGAGAAACUCUGGCCUGAUUGAGCUCCACCACUUGCUUUUCUCAGACAUUUGGACAGCUCUUACUCAUAGCUCUGCAUCCUGCAUUGGUCUGUGGAAAACCAGGUGUACAAAACAUCUUCGUGACCAUCAAAUCAAACAAUAGUUUGUUUUACUCACUUCCCCGAGGACAACAUUCUGCUGCACCAGCAAUCCCGUAGACAACAAGAAGAACAGGGCAGAGGUUGCGACCCCUCAGAGGCUGGAGUGAGCUGACGCCCGCCUGGAGCGCUGGCUCUUAGUGUGUCAGCACGCCUAAAGGAGGCUGCUCCUGGCACAGUCUCAGAAGCCAACUGGAGUUUUGCUGCAGCACAUCCACAGUAAUUCAUUGUUUAAAAGAAUCUUGCCCCCUCAAUCCUGUGUGUAUAUUAGAGUUUGGUGUUCAGAUUGAAGCUAUGAAGUCUAAGUCCAGCUGUGCUCAGAAUCCGAGCUGCAGCAUAAUGAUAUUUCGUCCCAGCAAAGAAGAGUUUAAUGAUUUUGACAAAUACAUCGCUUACAUGGAGUCCCAAGGGGCACAUCGAGCUGGACUGGCCAAAGUCAUUCCGCCCAAAGAAUGGAGAGCCCGGCAGUCCUAUGAGGACGUCAGUGACAUGGUAAUAGGCACUCCCCUGCAGCAAGUGGUGUCUGGCCAGGCAGGUGUGUUCACUCAAUAUCACAAGAAGAGGAAAGCCAUGACAGUGGGGCAGUACCGUGACUUGGCCAACAGCAAAAAAUACCGUACCCCGCUACACCUGAAUUUUGAAGAUUUGGAGAGAAAAUACUGGAAGAAUCGGUACUUUGGGGCGCCAAUUUACGGUGCAGAUGUCAGCGGCUCCCUGUUUGAUGGGAAAACUCAAAACUGGAACGUGGGACACCUGGGAACAAUUCAGGACCUGUUAGAACAAGAAUGCGGCAUUGUGAUUGAGGGCGUCAACACGCCCUACCUGUACUUUGGCAUGUGGAAGACCACCUUCGCGUGGCAUACGGAGGACAUGGACCUGUACAGCAUCAACUACCUGCACUUUGGGCAGCCCAAGACAUGGUACGCGGUGCCCCCCGAGCAUGGCCGGCGCCUGGAGCAGCUGGCCAGACAGCUGUUCCCGGGCAGCUCCCAGGGCUGCCAGGCCUUCAUGAGGCACAAGGUGGCACUCAUCUCCCCCACAGUGCUCAAGGAGAAUGGCAUCCCCUUUGCACGCAUGACCCAGGAGGCUGGGGAAUUCAUGGUCACCUUUCCCUAUGGCUAUCACGCUGGCUUCAAUCACGGCUUCAACUGCGCAGAGGCCAUCAAUUUCGCCACCCCGAGGUGGAUCGACUAUGGGAAGGUGGCGACUCAGUGCAGCUGUGGGGAGGCCAGGGUGAGCUUCUCCAUGGAUGUCUUUGUGCGGAUCCUGCAGCCUGAGCGAUAUGAGCUGUGGAAACGUGGCCAAGAUCAGGCAGUUGUGGACCAUACAGAGACUGGUUCUGCCAGUCAGGAGCUCACCACCAGGCGGGUGACCAAAGCACCAAGAAAACCUCAGGGACAGAGGCGCCUCCAGCUUCACCAGGUCUCACACUCUCUUCUGCCUAGAGCCACUGGCAGUAAGAUUGCUUGCAGCUACAGGCAACAGUCAGAUGCUGCAGUUGGUGAGGUCCAGAAGCCUGAUCGAGCCCCUGUCCCACCACCUACCCUGGGUCCAUCUUCUUCUCGUCACUACAAGUCAACUGGAAGACGUGGUCUUGGUCGACGCCAUUGCGAACUAGGAGUGCAGGAGUCCACCAAUGAGGCUCCAGUCAAGAGGCGCCAGCCAGCAGGCAGCGCAGACACAGAGCUUCUGACACAGUCUAAGAACUGAGUUUUGAUAGCCUGACCUGUACCUGUGAGGUCAGCCACACUGCAUCCUGUGACAGCUUCUGAGGUGCAUUGAUCUCUGACCCCUAAACGGAUGGUCCUGCCUUACAGCUUACUGCCCCGCACUCAGGAAGCUGUCUAAGACCAAACGCCUCAGAGUUCUGAUAGAGUUGGUAGGACAGUGGCCACGCUGGAGAGAGCUGCUUGUGCACCUUCCUCUUUCCAGAACGUGCAAGCCUCUGGAUACUGGUAACUCCCCGGCUUCCAGUGAGGUUUCAUUGGCCAGUCACUUCCUGUUUCUGAGAGCUAAGUGCAGCUCAGGCUGCUCAACAAUGACCUCCUGUCCUCUGGGCCAAGUGUAGAGGAAGCUGAAAAUUCAAGUUUCUCUCCCUCUCUUCCAUUUCUUGAAAAUGUCAUUUUACCACUAGAUUUGUUUCUCUCUCUCUCUCUCUCUCUCUCUCUCUCUCUCUCUCUCUCUCUCUCUCUCUCUCUCUCUCUUUCUCAUACACACACACACACACACACACACACACACACACACACACACACACACCGGCCAAUUGAGAGUCACAGAUGACUUCUCAAAGUUGG